AUGGAUCGUUGCUGCAAUGGUGCCGAUGACGACGACGACGAUGGCGACAUGCUACUCGAAUUCAAUAAGUUCUGGGAGAUGCGAUGCCAGAUUAUCGAGGCCCUUAUCGAUCCUGAACCCCGAUCGAUUUCUCACCGGUGCGGACCAGUGACUGGAAGCAGCAGAAACAUGGAGGAUCUCAUCAGGGCCAUAUACACCACCCCCAUCAUCGACCACCAUGCCCACCCUCUGCUCAUACCUUCUGCACUCUUCAAGUAUGACCUCAAGACUAUCACCACCGAAGCCCGUGGUGAUGCUCUGCGAGCGACGACAUCAUCUCUGUCGCAUAUCCGGGCCGUCAGGCAGCUUUCCGACAUUCUCCAAUGCCCGCCGACGUGGGACGAUGUUGCCAGAGCCAUCGACAUCGAGUAUGGAAAACCGCAACACGCAUGGCAGAAGCGCUGCCUGGAAGGCAUUGAAACCAUUCUCAUCGACGACGGAUUGGAUGAAAGGGAACAGGUUCACGACUAUUCCUGGCAUGAUAUGCUGACGCGGAGCGAAUGCAAGAAGCUCGUCAGAAUCGAGAGGGUGGCUGAAGAGAUCAUUAACGGAUUGCUCAGGAACCCAGAACUGGCCCCCGAGGAUGUGUUCGGAGGCUUACGAGAGGCAUUUGAGAUGGUGAUCAAAGACGCCAUCGCGGACCCAGAGGUGGCGGGCUUCAAAUCAGUCAUAUGUUACCGGACUGGCCUGGACAUUCCGGCACAUCUGUCUGUGGCAGACGUCAAAGACACUUUCGUUGACCACAUCUCGCAACUGAGAGAAGAUGGAGUCCAGACUUUUAAGAGGAUCGAUGACCUCCCCAUGAACUACUAUCUUGUCAACAAAACGGCCCAGCUGGUUGCAAAGAGUCCUGGGCCGUUCAAGAAGCCACUCCAAUUCCACACUGGACUAGGCGACAACGAUAUCACCCUCACAAAGUCCUCGCCUUCUCAUCUACAGGACUUUAUCCGAAAUUUUCCGACGGUGCCAAUUGUGCUUCUCCAUGCCAGCUAUCCUUGGACUAGAGAAGCCGGGUAUCUUGCCACUGUAUACAACAACGUAUACGCUGAUAUCGGUGAGGUAUUCCCGUUCCUCAGCAAGGAGGGGCAAGAAAAUGCCGUCCGCGAGAUUCUGGAGCUUUGCCCCACCGAAAAGAUCAUGUGGAGCACGGACGGCCAUUGGUUCCCUGAGACAUAUCUGCUUGCUGUCAUCCAGGUCCGAGAGGCAUUUGAAAAGGUUCUCUGCGAAUAUGUGCGUGAGGGAGUGAUGUCGGUUUCCCAGGCUAUCAGAGCAGUCCAGGACAUUUUCUUUGCCACUUCAAAUGACCUUUAUGGUCUGAGUCUGACUCUUGCCCCUUUGCCAACCAGCUCUCCCGAAAGCACUACUUCUUCUAUCAAGGACCUAGCCACAAGAAGAGGACCACCUCUGGAGAGCCCACCAAGCUCAGACCUCCAAGUUUUGAAGUCGUUCCUGGCAGAGCGCUCCUCUGUCAAAUUCCUGCGUCUCCAGUACUUGGACUACACGGUAACUCUGGCUGAGAUAAGAGGCUUGGCAAUUGCUGACUUGCCCACAGCAAUUCCCAAAGUGCGAAUAACGCCCGUCAAACGAGCCAUCACCAUGCUGGAAAGCAGUCCCCAUUUCCAGACUGGCGUCGCAAGAUGCGGCCUCGGACUCCUUCAAAACGACACCAUCAUCCCUAGCGUUGCCUCCAUUGGCGAAUUCAAGCUCCAGGCCGUUUUCUCCUCCCUCAGACUCGGUCCCCGCAAAGACUAUGCUUCAGUACAAUGCGAGUUCCGCGAGACAGACGGCUCUGAAGUCACACUCUGUCCGCGUUCUAUCUUACGCAGAAUUCUCGAGAAGUCUCGUCAACUUGGCCUAGAAUUCCUCGUCGGAUUUGAAAUCGAAAUCGUGUUUAUGUCCCGCUCUGCAACCGACGGCAAGCUAUCUACUCUUUACGAUUCCGCGGGCCAUGCGUGGACGUCUGCCCGCGCCAUGCAGGAUGGUAAGAUCCUGGAUAUACUGGGCGAGAUCCACGAUUCGCUCGAAGCAGCAGGCAUUUCUCUUGAGCAAUUCCAUCCCGAGUCUUGUUCUGGACAAUACGAGUUCGUCCUACCCGCGAGGCCAUGCCUAGAAGCCGCGGACACCUUGAUCCAAGCCCGGGAGAUCAUCGCUACCGUCGUAGCAGGCCACUCCAUACGCGCGACUUUGUACCCGAAGCCGUUCUCGAAGAUGGCAGGUACAGCUUCCCACGCCCAUAUGUCAAUCUCGACACCUGGCGGCGACGACAAGGCUGUAUAUGAACCGUUCUACGCCGGCGUAAUGAAGCAUUUACCGGCCAUCAUCGCUUUCACCUACAGCCAUCCGGUAAGCUAUGAGAGAAUGCAAGAUCACUGCUGGGCCGGCGGCCGCUGGGUGGCAUGGGGGACCCAGAAUCGCGAGACGGCCCUCCGCAAGAUCGAAGGUAGCCACUUCGAGAUUAAAGUCCUCGAUGGACUGGCGAAUAUCUACUUCGCGAUGGCUGCGAUUGUUGCCGCUGGAACGCAGGGUGUUGCGGACUCGGAGGAGCUAACCCAUGGGGACUGUACCGUUGAUCCAGGUUUGCUGAGUGAGGAGGAGAGGGGAGAGCUGGGUAUUACGAAGAUGCUGCCGAAGGAUUUACCGACUGCUUUGGAGGAACUGAAGCAUGAUGAGGUGCUGGUUGAUCUGCUAGGGAGGGAGUUUAUCGAGAGGUAUCUGGCUAUAAAAAUUGCGGAAAUGGAGAUGUUUGAUGGGCUCGCGGCGAGCGAGAGGAGAGCGUGGAUUAUGGAGCGAUACUAG